CUGUCGCGUGGAUAUGACGUCCUCAGUGACGACACGUUUUCGUUCUUUAGCCAACGCUACGCAGCUCGUUUUUUAGUUUUGGCAAAAUCCUCGGCUUUAUUUGUGUUCAGUGAGUUUUUAUUUAGUUCCCUCGAUAGAGCUCGGCCGGUGCUCGGUUUCCGUGAGGAGUGAGGUUGUGUUCUCUCCCUCGCGGGGGAACAAAGAGAGCAGAGAUGUAUAACGGGAUCGGAUUGACCACACCGCGCGGCAGCGGCACCAACGGCUACGUGCAGAGGAACCUGUCGUGCGUUCGGGCCAAGCGUAACCGAGACGAUCACGGACCGAAGGACGAGAAGGACAGGGAGAGACUGGAGAGCCAGCUGAACCGACAACCCAACGCUGACAUCCUGGAGCACCAGAGGAAGAGACAGCUGGAGGUCAAAUGUGCUGAACUUCAGGACAUGAUGGAGGAGCAAGGGUACUCGGCUGAGGAGAUCGAGGAGAAGGUGAGCAGUUUCCGUAUGAUGCUGCAGGAGAAACAGGAUCCUUCUCCGUCUGCUGCCGAGAAACCGACUGUGACGGAGACACACGCUCUGGCUGCCGCGAACCAGCAGAAGAACGACCGGCUCAGGGAGGCGUUCGGAAUCGGCUCGGACUACGUGGACGGCUCGUCUUUUCACCCCGAACGUAAAGAGCGAGAGCGAGAGAAACGCGAGCAGGAGAGGCAGGAGAGAGAGCGGCUGCAGCAGCAGAAAUACCAGAUUAUUGAAGACUCUGAUUCGGAUUCUUCACCUACUCGAAAGCAGAGCCGUAAGAAGAAAAGGAAGAAAGUGAAAAGUAAAGAGAGCUCUGAAAGUCCGUCUCCAUCGCCUCGGAGAGAAACGAAGAAAAACAAGACGAAGAAAAAGAAAAGGGAGCGGUCAGUUCAGAGUGACCACAGCAGCUCGUCAGAGGAGAGCCCUGAGAUAAAGAAGAGUAAAAGAAAGCGAAGUAGUGAGAAUGAGACUCCUCCUCCUCCUACAAAAAGCCGGCGGCGGCGCAGCAGGUCAUCCAGCUCGGCUGGCAGCAGGUCACCGGUCGCGGUAAAGGAGAAACAGAACGACACGUCUGUAGCCCGGCCAGAUGAGGGGAGGAAGGGCAGAUCACCUGAUCGUAGGGGGCGCCACAGAGACAGUCCAGAAAAGGUGGAGGUGAGACAGAAGUCCUCGAGACAUUCCAGAUCCCCUGACCGGAGCAGGAUGGGCCGGGAAAGAGAGCGGGAAAAGGAGCGAGGGAAAGAAAAGGUUCAAAAAGGGCGCCAUGAUUCGUCGUCUUCAUCUCGGUCUCCGCCUCCUAAAAAUCAGAAAGACAGACGAGCACAUAGCGAGGAGCGAGACGGAGAGAAACCUUCUCAACGCAAAAGACAUGACUCAUCAUCUCCAUCCCCGUCUCCGAAACGCCAGAGAGACAGAAGGCAGCGGAGCACAGAGAAAGAGCGAGAGGACGAGAGGAAGAAGAGGGUCAGCAAGCCCCAGAAAAGACACGACUCGUCCUCCUCAUCACCUUCGCCGCAGAGAGACCGAGCGCGGGGGGGGUGCAGCGGUGACAAGGAGAGGGCAUCUUCACCCGCACGUCCCUCAGACAAAGACAGAGCGAGGGACAGAGACGCUGCCUCACAGUCGAGUCGAGUCAGAGAGAGCGAGAAACGGAGAGAUAGAGCGCGAUCCAGUGACUCAUCUGUCUCACCUCCCUGCCACUCACCAUACGCCAACGGGAAACAGAAAGAGGCGGAGCGCGCGAGGGAGAGGGAGCGAGAGGAGCAGAGAGAGAAGGAGCGAGAGGAGCAGAGAGAGAAGGAGCGAGAGGAGACGAGAAGAAAAGAGCGAGAGAGAGAUGCUGAGAAGGUCCAGGAAGAGGUGAAGAGAAAAGAACGAGAGAGCAACAGAGAAAAGGGACGAGAGGAGACGAGGAGAAACGACCGAGAGGCAGAGAGAGAAAAGGGACGAGAGGAGACGAGGAGAAAUGACAGAGAGACUGAAAGAGAAAAGGGACGAGAUGAGACGAGGAGAAACGAACGAGAGACUGAGAGAGAAAAGGGACGAGAUAAGACGAGGAGAAACGAGCAAGAGACUGAGAGAGAAAAGGGACGAGAUGAGGCGAGGAGAAACGAGCAAGAGACUGAGAGAGAAAAGGGACGAGAUGAGACGAGGAGAAACGAGCAAGAGACAGAGAGAGAAAAGGGACGAGAGGGGACCAGGAGAAACGGCCGAGAGACAGAGAGAGAAAAGGGCCGAGAGGAGACGAGGAGACACGGCCGAGAGGCAGAGAGAGAAAAGGGACGAGAGGAGACGAGGAGAAACGGCCGAGAGGCAGAGAGAGAAAGGGAGCAGGAGGGGGUGAAGAGAAAAGAAGAACAAGACAGGAGAUGCUCUGAAGAGAGACACUCCGGGAAAGACUCCGAGUCGGGAGACAGGAGGACGGAGCGAUACAAAGCCAAGACGGAGACAAGGGACGAGAGGGUGAGGGAGAAAGAGAGGCAGGAAAAAACCCGAGAGAAAAGUCCACUGGAGAAAGAAAAAGCUCAGAGCAAGGAGAAGGAGAGAAAAAAAUCAAAAGGUUCGAGUAGCAGCAGCAGCAGCGAUGGCAGCAGCAGCAGCAGCAGCAGUAGUGACACAGACAGCAGCAGCAGUGACAGCGACUCUGACAGCUCCUCGUCAUCAUCUUCCUCCUCCUCUUCCUCCUCAUCUUCCUCAUCUUCAUCCUCUGAGGACGAGAAAAAGGAGAAAAGUAAAGGGGUGCCUCCUGCCGUCAUAGCGCAAGCCAUGGCUCGGAGAGGGCAGGAGAAGGGAAUGAGGGAUGCAGACCGGGAGAGCUCCGCCUCUGUAACCGCACCGGCUCCGCCCACCACAAAGGAUGACAGGGAGAGAGGCGGGGACAGGGAGUCGACUCAGGAGAAAGAUCGAGGAAAGGAGCGGUACACUCCCACCGAGACCUCCAGCCCUCCUCCGUCUCCUCCAGCACGAAGGAGGUACAGUCCUGAGGAGGACACGCACGCCCAGGGCAGGGAGCGGGGGGGUGACCGGUACACGCCCUCGGACCGAGACAAGAACCGAGCGAGCGAAAGAAAGCGACCGUCUCCGCCCACAGCGCGGGAGAAGGAGAGCCAAAACAAAAGAGUCUCCUCGCUGUCACGUUCCCCCUCACAUUCUCCGGCACGGCAACGCCUAGAUCCUCCACGAGGAGGCAAGAGAGCGACACCGCCCUCACGACGAGACAGGGAGCGAGACAGGGAGAGGGAGCGAGACAGGGAGAGGGAGCGAGACAGGGAGCGGGAGCGAGACAGGGAGAGGGAGCGAGACAGGGAGAAGGAGGACAGGGAGAGGGAGAGGGAAAGAGAGCGAGACAGGGAGCGAGACAGGGGAAGACCAGGCGAUAGAGCAAGAGCACACUCACGAGAAAGGAGGACGAGAAGCAGCCGGUCACGAAGCCCUCGCAGGCGCUCGCCCCCGUACAGGUCUCGUCGUUCUCCUUCUCCUGCGUCCCGGCGCAAAAGCAGUCGCUCUCUUUCCAGGGAAAAACAGAGGGAGCGAGAAAGGGAGAGAGAGCGAGAAAGGGAGAGAGACCGCGAACAAGAGAGGAAGCGGGAGCUGGAGAGGGAGAGAGAAAGAGAACGUGAGAAAGAGAAGGCAGCGAGGUCACCUCCUUGUCGCUCUUCCUCUACAUCUUCGUCCUCCUCGAGUUCGUCCUCCUCCUCCUCCUCGCCCUCUCCUCAGAGGAAGCCCGAUCCCCCAAAGGACAGGAAGUGCGAGAAGAGGCAGCGCUCUCGUUCCUCCUCGCCUCCUCCCGCUCAGGAAUCUCCCAAACGCUCCAGACGGCCAUCUCCGAGCUCCAGGUCUCCUCCCGUCGGCCAAUCGGAAACCAGGACGACUUCAAGGGGUCGCUCGAGGAGCCAGUCUCCACGGGAGCGGCGCAGGACCCGGAGCCAGGAGCGACCAGUCAGAACGGAGGACACUGUGAACGGGAGAGAGGAGAAAGAAGUUGCAAAGCAGCAGAAGAGCGACAGCAGGAGCAGCUCCAGUUCUUCAUCGUCCUCGUCCUCAUCAUCAUCAUCUUCAUCCUCGUCCUCCGAUAGCUCCGACUCCGAGACGGAGAAAGGGGGACGGAAAGCGGCCGUGAGUAGACACUCGUCCUCCUCAGAGCGUGAGGAAGUGAAGAAGAAAAGUUCUCCUCCUCCUCCUGCACGUCGGGCCAGAGAGCCUGCAGACUCGCUCAGAGACUCCAGAUCACUCAGCUACUCUCCGCCUGCACGUCUGCGCAGAGCUGCGCGCUCCCCUCCGCCCCGCCGGAGAUCCAGGAGCAGAUCGAGCAGCAGGAAGAGAAAAUAAUCACCAGGAGUCAAUCAAUCAGAAGGAGAGCUGUACAUCACUGACGCUAUCUUCGUAUAUUUCUUUUCCCAUGACCUUUCUAUUGUCUAACUUUGGGGAAGCAAAACACAGCAAAAAGUAUUUGUAAAUGAUGAUCUGCACAUGAAUUAAACUGGAGCGAGAAGUCAUGCACUCGCGUUUACACACAGGGAUUUGGUUUUGGUUUAUUUUUUACUUUUAUUACGGUGGUGAUGCGUGAGGAACGGGAGAGAAGUAGAGCUGCAGACGUGUCACGUGUUCCUCUGUGCCAACACACACCUGAAUACUCGACUAUAAAUAGUGUUUCUCUCCCUCUCCUGCUCUCUCCCCGUCCACCCACCCACUCUCGCUUUGGUCUGAAUGUAGAUAAGUCACUAUGAUCAGAACCGUCACUGGGUGGAACGUGUCCUGCUUUACACACUUGUUUCACUUUGUGGGAAAACUUGAGGACAGAUAAAUAAAUAAUAAAUGGUUGUAUCUGUA